AUAAAGUUUUCAGUAUCAUUUGACUGGAAAUGGAGGUUUCAUCUCUGUCCGGCCGAUUUCCGGCAGCUAGGAUCCGCCUUUUUGAUAAUCCGACGAAAAUUCAAACCACAUCUUCUCUUACCCUUAAGUUUCAAGCUCGCAAUGAAUCAUCCCCCAAUCGUGUAUUCAUUUUGGGUCUGGGUUUCGUCGGACAGUUCUUCGCCCGAGAAAUGAAGAAUCAAGGAUGGGAAGUGUCUGGAAGCUGUACUAAUUCUGUGAAGAAGAAAAAGCUUGAGGAUGAUAUGGGUUUAAACAUUUACCUCUUUAAUGCAAAUGAACCAGAGCCAGAAGUGAUCGAUGUUAUAAGUCAUCAUACACAUCUCCUCAUCUCCAUUCCUCCUAUUUUGGGUGCUGGCGAUCCAACACUACAGCAUGAAGAACUUCUUAAGAGCAGGUUUUUAGGUUCAAAUCUUAGGUGGAUGUCUUAUCUAUCAUCAACAAGUGUCUAUGGUGACUGUAAUGGUGAAUGGGUUGAUGAAGAGCAUGAACUAAACCCUAAAAGUGAGUUAGCCAAGGCAAGGAUUUGUGCUGAGAAAGAAUGGUUGAAGUUAGGGCAUGAUGUUGGGAUCUCAACUCAGAUAUUUCGUCUUGGAGGUAUCUAUGGGCCUGGAAGAAGUGCGGUAGAUACUGUAAUGAAACAAGAACAGUUAUCAGACACUCAGAAAAUGAGGGCACAUAGGAGCUAUACUUCUCGAGUUCAUGUUGCUGACAUCUAUCAAACACUUGAAGCCAGUAUGAUUAAGCCAUCUUCUGGAAGGGUAUACAAUGUGGUGGAUGACAACCCUGCUCCAAGGGCGGAGGUAUUCUCUUAUGCCCAAGACUUGAUUGAGGAGAAAUGGGGGAAACAGCUGAAGAUCAUUUCCAAAGAGAGUUCAGAAUCACGGAGCUUAAAAUCGAGAGGUGAAAAGCGAGUAUGUAAUGAUAGGAUAAAGAAGGAACUUGGAGUAAAACUAAUGUAUGAAGACUAUAGAUCAGGAUUGAAGAGCAUAGUUGAGGAUAUGAAUGAUAUCACUUUCAAUUAAAUCAAACUCAAAAGUGUUCAUAUGUUGUGACCUUAAUUGUAUACCAGUAUUAGAAACAAGUUAAUAUAUAAUUUGUUAUCAUGUUUGAUUGAAAUCAAAUAAAUUUGGUUAACCUAAAUAAGAAACAGCCAAUCUAAUUAGUUGAGACCUUAGAGACAGGUUGUGGGGAGGCAUUUACUUGUAUUUUUUUUAUAGGUGUUUGUUUAAAUAAGGUUCAACAACUCUCUACAUAAAUAAUUUGUCAUUGUCAAAUAUCUGACUUUCACCUAAUUCAGUUGGAGGGAGUCCUAUCAGAAACAUAAAUUGACUUUAAAUGGAAAAUUCAUAUAAUAAUAACAUAUGGAAGAGGAUAUUAAUAUGAAAGAUAGGAUGCUUAAAACAUGGCCAGCUAAGUUAUUUGAGGUACCCCUCUCCUCCUCCUAUCAUACCAAACUUCCAUCAAUACUUCAUAUAGAUAAGAAGAGCCCUUAAACCACCAUUCCUCAAAUGGCAUUUUCAUUCUUCAAUACCAAAUGAGUGGCAGAGUCUAUGUUGUGAUUCUGUUCUUUUGGGCAGUCCUCACAAUAAUCACCCCUACCCUCAUUCGAUUAUCGGCCUCCACAAAACCUGCCUUGGGAAUUCAGGGGAGGGAUCUCGAAGGACCGACAGUAGUUGAGAUGGGGUUAUUGUCGAGAAAGGCACUUCAAUCGGCUUCACCACGACAACCAGUGAACUAUCUUCCACCAUCACCAUCGCCCUCACCGGCUAAACAACCGGUUAUAAAACCGGUGCGGAUCGCAAGUGAGGAUGAUCUUAGAAAAACAUGGGAAUAGACAUACAUACAGAUAUUAUACCACAGCACCCACAUGGGGUACUUUCAAUCAUUAAUGGAAUGAUUUUGUUUCAAUUAGUUUGUAUAUUCACCUAAACCAAAAGCUGAACAUCAUUAUUUGUUCUUAUUAUUAUUAUCAUUAUCAUUUAUUUAUGUGAUGUUAGUUCAACUUGUCACAUGCAUGCAUUAAUGAUUAUGUAAAGCCUU